UCUCGUGUGGGCCGGGCGCUGGCGUUUUCCGAAAAGCCCGCGGUGCCGGCGGUGCAGUGGCCCUCGUGGAGCGCGAGAGCGCAAGUGGCCGCGCGCGCGCGAGUGCUUCUCACACUCCGGUGUCUCCGCGUCGCCUCUGCACUGGCGAUUGCCGUAAACUAUUUGGAUUAUUCUUUUUUACGGCCGCGACUGCUUAUAAACCGAUCCGACCCAGGAUAAAUAUUAUUAAAUCUCCGUAAACAAAACACGCUGCGAUGGACACUAGCAAGGCGGAGACGCAAGAUGCGGCUUCGGCGACGCUCGGCGAUGUCAAGUCAUCGUACAUGGACUACGGCCGCGAGCUACGCCCCCAGGCCAUCCAGAUCCCGACCAUCAUCGAGCACCGCGUCAGCGAGGAGCCGUCGCCGCUGCCCUACCCGCAGUACCCGCACAUCUACGGUCACCAGAGCGCCCCGGAGCCAAGCUAUGGCGCCCAGUCGCCGGCGCCGGACUAUGGCACGCAGUCGCCGGCGCCGGCCAGCUACGGCCACGCCGGCGCCCCGGAGCCCGACUACGCCACUCAGUCGCCCGGCCCGGCCGGCUACGACGCGGCCAAGGCGGCCGGCUACGACCUGCCGCCGGCCGGCGACGCGUACGGCGAUGGGUACGACAUGCGCGCGGAGGGCGAGUUCGCGCGGCCGGUGGCCUGGCCCGGCUCGGAGGACGGCUUCCUGCCGGGCCGCGCUGAGUUCGUGCCGCACGGCGACGAUCGCGGCGCGCUGCGCGACGAGGACGUGGGCCAGUUCCGGUACGACGCGGCGGCGUACCGGCCUGAGGGCGGCCGUUACCUGCGCCAGGGCUCGCCGGCCGGCGGCGUGGCCGCCUCGCCGCCACUGCCGCCCAAGUUCGAGCCAGGCGCGCACGAGGCGACGCACAAGCCGUACGACACGGACGGCCUGCCCGUACACAAGGGGUACGACGUGGACGGCAUGCAGCACAAGCCAUACGACACGGACGGGCUGCCAGUGCACAAGAGUUACGACGCCGACGGUCUCCACAAGGCGUACGACACGGACGGCAUGCAGCACAAGCCGUACGAUACGGACGGCAUCCCCGUGCACAAGAGCUACGACACGGAUGGCAUGCACAAGGCGUACGACACGGACGGCAUGCACAAGGCGUACGACACGGAGAGCAUUCACAAGCCGUACGACACGGAUGGCCUUGCCGUGCACAAGGCGUACGACGAGCCAGGCAAGUUCGACGGACUGGGUAAGCUGUAUGAACAUUCACCGGCGGGCGGCGCCGACAAGGAGACGUUCCCCUACUCGCCCGGCUCGAUCAAGCAGACGACCAUUAAGCUGGAGAGCCUGAGCACCUACGACGGCAGUGGCAUGGCGCCGUGUGGCGAGGAGGUCGACAAGCCUGUGCCGGAGCAGGAGCAGCAGCCGGAGCCGAUGCCACCGGCGGGAGCGGCGGCGGAGCCGGAGCCGGCGGAGAAGCCGACCAAGCGCGGCGCUCCCGGCGUCCGGCGUCAGGAGAAGCCCCCUUUCUCCUACAUCGCCCUCAUCCACAUGGCGAUCCAGAGCUCGCCGACCAAGCGGCUCACGCUAAGCGAGAUCUACCGCUUCCUCCAGGAGCGCUUCACCUUCUUCAAGGGCAGCUACCAAGGCUGGAAGAACUCGGUGCGCCACAACCUCAGCCUGAACGAGUGCUUCAUCAAGCUGCCCAAGGGCCUGGGCCGGCCGGGCAAGGGCCACUACUGGACGCUCGACCCGGCCGCCGAGUACAUGUUCGAGGAGGGCAGCUCGCGGCGGCGUCCGCGCGGCUUUCGGCGCAAGUGCCGCCACCCGCUGAAGUCGUUCGGCUACUACCCGGCCAACAGCGGCAUCGCCAGCAGCGGCUACGACCCGGCGCAGGGCCUGCCGGCCGCGCAGCCGCCCACCUACAGCGCCGACUACAGCAGCUACACGCAGCUCAGCCCGUCGUCCUGCACCUACGGCCAGGCGCAGGCCGGCUACAACCCGCUGAUCGGCCUGGCCGGCUCGUACAUGCCGGCGCCGCCCGGCGCCGCCGCCCCUGGCCCCGCCGGCUACGAGUACAACCUGGCGGCCGUGCCGCCGGCCGGCGCCGGCUACGGCUCCGGCUACGGCGAGAAGGAGGCGGCGUGGUCGGGGCUGGGCGCCGUGUCCGGCCCGCCGCUGACGGGCUGCCUGCGGCCGCCGCACAGUCCCACGCCCGCCGAGCAGGGCUCGCCGGGCUCCCUGUCACCCUCGUCGGCUGACCCGUCCAGCUCGCUGUCGGCGGCCGGCGCCGGCGGCGGCGGCGGCUACACCCUGACGCCCAUGUCGACCGCCUCGCCCCACAUCACCUCGCACGGCCACCCGCCACACCCCCUGCCCUCCAUGCAUUGCGACAGCGAGUUCCCAGGUAUAUCCGGCCUGCCGCCGUCAACCUCGCCAAUCAGCACCUACUACGACAACGGCAUCAACUCGUACUCGGUGUCCAGCUACUCGACGCAGUGA